UUAUCUUUUUAACAAUGAGUCUCGCUCACAGGGACAGAUUUCCUCCUCUUGUAUAGGGCGGCUGCAGGGCUGCGGCAGGUGCCUCUGAGCAGCUGGAGGAGAAGCCAUCCCCAGCCCCGAGCCCCGCCCCACCAUGCUUAGCACGGUCUUGGAUGCUCCUCAGCGGUUGCUGGAGGAAGGCAGAGGGUCCCGGCAGCUGGUGCUUGUGGUGGUGUUUGUCGCCCUGCUCCUGGACAACAUGCUGCUUACUGUGGUGGUGCCCAUUGUGCCCACCUUCCUGUAUGCCACGGAGUUCAAAGAGGUCAACUCUUCUGGGCACGCCAGCCUCUCUGUGAGUUCCCAGCCGGACCUCACCCUUCCUACUUUCGCCACCAUCUUCUCCUUUUUUGACAAUAUCACCAUAGCUGUGGAACAAAGUGCACCCAGGGGCACAGCUUGGACAAAUGGCUCUUCUGGCACUGUGCCCCCUCCAGUCACCGAAGCCAACACAGCUCAUAGAAACAACUGCCUGCAGGGCACAGAGUUCUUGGAGGAAGAGAACAUCCGGGUUGGGGUUCUGUUUGCUUCAAAGGCUUUGAUGCAACUUCUGGUCAACCCAUUUGUGGGACCUCUCACCAACAGGAUUGGAUAUCACAUCCCCAUGUUCGCUGGCUUUGUUAUCAUGUUUCUCUCCACUGUUAUGUUUGCUUUCUCUGCCACUUAUACCCUGCUGUUUGUGGCCCGAACCCUUCAAGGCAUCGGAUCUUCGUUUUCAUCUGUUGCAGGUCUUGGGAUGCUGGCCAGUGUCUACACUGAUGACUACGAGAGAGGGCGAGCCAUGGGAAUUGCCCUGGGGGGCCUGGCUUUGGGAGUGCUGGUGGGCGCUCCCUUUGGAAGUGUGAUGUACGAGUUUGUUGGGAAGCCUGCUCCCUUCCUCAUCUUGGCCUUCCUGGCGCUGUUGGAUGGAGCGCUUCAACUUUUCAUCCUGAAGCCUUCCAAAGUCUCUCCUGAAAGUGCCAAAGGGACCCCACUGCUUAUGCUUCUCAAGGACCCUUAUAUCCUGGUGGCGGCAGGUUCCAUCUGCUUUGCCAACAUGGGCGUGGCCAUGCUGGAGCCCACCCUGCCCAUCUGGAUGAUGCAGACCAUGUGCUCCCCCGAGUGGCAGUUAGGUCUAGCUUUCUUGCCUGCCAGCGUGUCCUACCUCAUCGGCACCAACCUCUUUGGUGUGUUGGCCAACAAGAUGGGCCGGUGGCUGUGCUCCCUGGUGGGAAUGGUGGUGGUCGGCGCCAGCUUGCUGUGUGUUCCUCUGGCCCACAGUAUUUUUGGUCUCAUUGGCCCCAAUGCAGGCCUUGGCUUUGCCAUAGGCAUGGUGGAUUCCUCUCUGAUGCCCAUCAUGGGGCACUUGGUGGACCUGCGCCACACCUCAGUGUACGGGAGUGUCUACGCCAUCGCCGACGUGGCCUUUUGUGUGGGCUUUGCCAUAGGCCCGUCCACCGGGGGUGCCAUCGUGAGGGCCAUCGGCUUCCCCUGGCUCAUGGUCAUCAUUGGGCUCAUCAACAUCAGCUAUGCUCCGCUCUGCUACUUCCUGCGCAGCCCCCCAGCCAAGGAGGAGAAGCUUGCUAUUCUGAGCCAGGACUGUCCCCUGGAGACCCGGACCUACGCCACCCAGAAGCCCACCAAGGAAUUUCCCCUGGGGGAGAACAGCGAUGAGGAGCCUGACAGUGAGGAGUAGCAGCAGAAGUGUCCCUGGGCCCUGUCACAGUGCCACAGGUGUCCAGCUCUUGUGGGAGGACAGAGCAUCCGUGGCAUUGACUGAACUCGAGUUGUGAGAAGCUCUGGGAAGGGCUGACUCAUUUCCCGGGGGUGGCAGCGAGCAGCGUGCUCCUGAAACCAGAGGGGUGACUGACAAGCCCUGUUGUAUCUGUUCUCUGAUUUUCUCUGGCGUAUUCCCAACAAAUUAAAAGAGUUUUGGCCUCUGUUCCUGGAUACAUUCCCCGUGCUGAGCUGAGAAGCUAUCCUCAAUAUUGUACUGCUGCUUAUUUUUUAAUAAAUGGAGUGUUUUUUUUCUGUAGCUAAA